GGCGAGAGGAAAAUUGUGCAAGAGAGAGAGGGGGGGCGGCCAUUCCUGGUCGAAGUUCGGGCUGUAGACCAAGACAUCAACAAUAACAAACUCCAAAUUGAGGAGCAAUACAUAUAUUUCCCACGUUGAAACCACCAUGAGUUUGGAUAAAGCUGAGCUGUGUGACUCGUUGUUAAACUGGCUGCAGAUAUUUCAAGUGCCCUGCUGCACCAGCAAACAGGACCUGACCAAUGGAGUUGCCAUUGCACAUGUGCUGCACAGAAUAGACUCUUCCUGGUUCAAUGAGGCGUGGCUUUGUCGAAUCAAAGAGGAAAGCAACACCAACUGGAGGUUGAAGGUGAGCAACCUGAAGAAAAUUCUUCAGAGCAUGCUGGAGUACUACCAUGACGUGCUGGGUCACCAGGUGUCAGACGUCCACCUGCCUGACGUGAACCGCAUUGGCGAGAUGAGUGACGUGACGGAACUGGGCAAACUGGUGCAGCUGGUGCUGGGCUGUGCGGUCAGCUGCGAGAAGAAGCAAGAACAUAUCCAGCAAAUCAUGACCUUGGAGGAGUCUGUGCAGCAUGUGGUGAUGACGGCAAUCCAGGAGCUGUUGACCAAGGACACAGUGGACACUGGAAGCCCUGAAACAUAUGGAGACUUUGACUAUCAGUCCCGGAAGUAUUAUUUCCUCAGUGAGGACAUGGAGGAGAAGGAGGAUCUUACCCAGCGAUGUCGGGAACUGGAGCAGCAGGUGUCUGCGAUCAUGGAGGAGAAGAAUGCCCUGCUGGCCGAGACGAGGUCAUUGAAGGAAAGACUGAGCCGCUCUGACCCUCUGGACGUCUCUGCUGGGAUCACUGGCAAAAAGCUGCUGCUGCUUCAGAGUCAGAUGGAGCAGCUGCAGGAGGAGAACUACAGGCUGGAGAAUGCCAAAGAUGAUAUGCGGAUCCGUGCGGAGAUACUGGAGAAGGAGGUGCUAGAGCAGCAGCAUCGGAAUGAGGAGCUGGCCAGCCUGGCUGAGGAGGCCCAGUCCCUCAAGGAUGAGAUGGAUGUCCUGCGACACUCCUCGGACAAGGUGAGCCGGCUGGAAGCCAUGGUGGAGACCUACAAGAAGAAGCUGGAGGACCUGGGCGACCUGCGCAGGCAAGUGCGGCUGCUGGAGGAGAGGAACACCGUCUACAUGACGCGGACCUGCGAGCUGGAGGAGGAGCUGCGCAAGGCCAACACUGUCCGCAGCCAGCUGGACAGCUACAAGAGACAGGUCCGCGAGCUCAGCGAUAAGCACUCGGCAGAGGCCGUGAAGGCUGAGAAGUGGCAGUUCGAGUACAAGACCCUCCACGUCAAGUAUGAGGCCCUGCUCCAGGAGAAGGAGCGUCUGAUCUCUGAGAGAGACGCCUUGCGAGAGGCUUAUGAUGAGCUGUGCUGUAUGCACCUGCAGCAGAGGUACCUGAGCCAAGCAGGUGCACUCCAUGAAGAUUCCAGCACACUGGGUAACCUACAGGCAGAUAGUUUGCCCACAGAGUUCAGAGAGACGAUUGUCCGGCUGCAGAAUGAGAACAAGAUGCUGUGUGCGCAGGAGGAGAGCUACCGGCAGAAGCUGGGAGAGGCCGAGAGCCAGCUGGAGGAGGCCCAGCGCAGUCAGAACAGACUGGAGACUGAGAACAGGCUCAGCCAGCAGCAGGUCUCCGAGCUGCGGUCCCAGGUGGAGGAGCUGCAGAAAGCCCUGCAGGAGCAAGGAAGCAAGACUGAGGAUGCUAUCUCCUCUUUGCUGAAGAAGAAACUGGAGGAGCAUCUGGAGAAGCUGCAUGAAGCUCACUCAGACCUCCAGAAGAAGAAGGAGUACAUUGAUGACCUGGAGCCCGGCGCAGACAGCGGCAUGGCGAGAAAGAUCGACGAGCUUCAGGAGAUCCUGCGGAAAAAAGACGAGGACAUGAAGGCCAUGGAGGAUCGCUACAAGAGAUACAUGGUUAAGGCACGCACGGUGAUUAAAACCCUCGGCCCCAAGCAGCAGCCGGUUGUGUCUGACGAGGUCCUGGCACUAAAGAACCAGCUGAGCGAGAAGGACCGGAAGAUCCAGUAUCUGGAGCAUGACUUUGAGAAGACCAGGUCUCGCCACGACCAGGAAGAGAAGCUCAUCAUCACUGCCUGGUACAACAUGGGCAUGGCCCUUCAUCAGAAAGUCACAAUGGAGAGAGCUGGCGGCUCCACCCAGGCCCAGUCCUUCCUGGCCCAGCAGAGGCAGUCAACCAACGCCAGGAGGGGACUGUCCCCAAGGCUGCAGCCGGGCUCGCCCAGAUAAGAGGUGGGGCAUCCCUGGACUCCUGGUUGGCCACAACUGGACAAGAGGGCUGGUGUGCUUCGCUCUCUUCCCUGCCAUUCAGACUCCUUUUGUACAGAGCUCUCCUACUGUACCAACACAGCUGUGCUGUUUACAGACUGAUAUGCACAUAUGUUUGGAUUGAGGAGCUGGGAGGGUGUACUAGGCUGUUGCCCUUCUGUGUUGGAUUAACUGGCUCAGCUGCUUAAAAGAGCACAGCCCCUUCUCUAUAACUGACUUAUAGAAGCUUCUCCAUUCUCCUACUCUUAAUACUGUAGUCUUUAAGACCCUGCCGGAAGACCUGGAGUAACUUUGAUUUUCAGAGCUGCUGAAAGGGUGCUGAGAAUACCAAUUGUGUAUAGAGAAAGUUAGUUUUCCUCAUUUGACCCAACAUGAAAGACUGUAGAAGAAAUGAGAUGGAUGUUUGUGCUUUUUCUGUGUUGAUCUCCUCCAUGCCGUUUUGUUUUAGAGGAAGCUGGUCCAGCUCUUCUAACAAUCAGGUGGUCUUAGAGUGAUGUUGGCAACCAUGAAGCUCUCUCUCUAGCAGGGGUUGAACAUGUCAGUCAAAUUGCAUAGUAUAGUUUUUUAUUUUUUUUGUUCCUUUGGAGUAUUAUGGUACUUGUUGAUCUGAUCCAGUACUUUUUCCGGUAUCCGUCUCCAGCCUCAAAACACUAAAGUCAGAUCUCAGAAUUGAUAUUAACACUCCAUUUUAUGGACUUUUUAGUUAGUGUAGUGUUUUAAAUAUAUUUUAAAGUCUAGAAUUCUUUCAUUUGCUAGAAGCAAAAUGUGGCCUUUUUUUCAUAGUUUCUUUUGAUUUGUUGUACAAAUGUGGCUUUGCGGUUGAGAAGGAAACAGUCCUCUCCUUUGGGCACACAAGGUCUUAAAGGGGAACAGCAGAAUGAAAAUCUGUGCCCUGCUUUUUUUCCUAGGUUUGAAACUUUUGAUCAUGGUUUAGUAGCUGCAUUUAAUUAUUACUUUUGCUUUCCUUUUAGCUUUAAUUUUGUGAAAAUUAUGAUUAUACCAGUUAAUAUUAUUUUAUAUAUGUUUCCAUCACAAAAAUAAUCUCAACAAACUACAAUGCCUCUGAACAGUUUCAGUGAUGCACAACAUCAAUUUAAGCUUAAGUCUCCAUUGACUGUGUGGACUAAAUUCUUGUAUUACACAUUAGCCUUCUUGUAUUUUCAAGAUUGUAACUGCAAAUUUCAUGUACAGUUAAUCUCAAACCAGCUAUGAAGGAAUUAUGAAAAUAAGCCUUGUUUUAAUUUUGCAGUGAACACCAUUACAGAAGUAAAGCAUUUUUUUGCAUUAUAUGAAGACAAGCUUAGGUACAAUUUAAUAUGUUACCUGCAAGCUGCAUUGAGUUGGAAAUCAAAUUUUAGAUCCUCACUACAUUUGUGCUGGUGAUCAGAUUGACAAAUGGGCAAUUCAUUAAUUAAGAUUGAAGGUCUGACCCAUCAAUCAGAUUGAAGGUCUGACCUGAAAACUGCACUGACUGUACCUGCAGCUCAGAAUGACACUAUUGUGAUUAGUGACCAUGUUUACAAGCUGCUCCUCUUGCAUUCUUAUGUUGCUGGGCAAAAUGCUUGUCUGUGACUUGCUAGAAAUACUGUUGGCACCUCUUGCCAUUUCAAGCACUACCAUUUUUUGUUCUAAUGAGCAAGUCAAAAACACUGGUCAAAUAUUUUCAGUUUCUCAGAAUCAAUGAAUGACUGAUUUAGGCUUUGGGGUAGGGAUUCCAUUUUAGAAUGGGAGUUUUUAAUGUGUUUUUAAGGUUUUAAGACAAUCUGAAAGGCACAAAAGACUGUGCUUUUUGGAUCAGGUUUUAUUGCUGGAAUUCUUUGAGGUUUGAGGUCUGUUUCUCAUUCCAAAGUGUAAUUGUACUGUUACAUAAGGAGGAAUGAUGCUCUGUACAAACAUCCUGAACGUAACAGGCACUGCUGCUGCCCUAGUUUGACAAACAUCAAUAUAACAGGAAGCACUUUAUGAUGAGCUCUCUAACUGCCAGUGUGCUCAGUGUAAUACUUUUGCUCUUGAACAUUGUCCCUUUCUGAUAUGUGAGUCAUGUCUAUUUCAAGAGCUGCUACCCUAUGCUACAUUAGAAAGCUCUGUUGUAAAUGAACAGGUUCUAAAGAUUAUGGGUGAGAGAAAGAGCAUUUUGGGGAUUUGUAUAUUUUGUUCUAGAUGUUUUAAUUUUUUCUGUACUACAUGGGGAAUCUAGGCAGUGGGAAAUAUACUGGCUGUUAGUUAAAACUCAAGUCUGUCAGUAAUUCUUUUGCACUACAAAUAAAAUAGGGUCUAGAUACUGCAGUGGUCAUGUUUCUGUCCUUUUACACAUUUAAAUCCAUUUUGUGUUCAGAAUCAUAAAAAUAAGGGAGAUGAAAUGUUAAAAGACAAGCCAGAGGUUCACGUUACAAUUCAGCUGUGUUUGUGUUUCUGCACAAUCCGUAAAUAAAUGCUAUUCUUCUCUAACGUGAAA